CGGCCCUACUUGUAGUCACCAUUGGUCUCGUAUUAACCGCCGGAAUCGUGUCAUACAAUAGACAAUUAGCCAUAUUCUUUCAUCCAGAAAAUUCAACAUCAGAUCCACUGUUGAUCAAAACAUUAGCGCCAGUGAUCACUAGUUCUUCAGUUAUAACGACAGUCAACAUAAGUAGUGAAUCGAUGGUCACAGUUAGCAGUGAAGUGGAUGUGUUGGAUGUGUUGAACCAAACAAAUGCCAAUUCAGCCAAACCUGAAAGCAUUGAAACAAAUUCUGUGAUUAAAGACUAUACACUAAACUCCGACCAAAAUAAUGUCAUAUCUUAUACCAAUGGAUAUGGACUCGAUAUUUGCAACACCAGUGCCUGUGAGAGGGCCGGCAGUAUAAUCAAACAGUCUAUUAAUGAAUCUGUGGACCCGUGCGAUGAUUUCUAUGCCUUUGCGUGCGGGGGCUGGGAGGCCACACAUACCAUUCCCGCCGAUAAGUCACGUUAUAUGAGUUUUGAUGUCGUCGACGAUCAGCUCAAGAAAGAUAUUAAGGAAUAUUUGAGUCAAAAUACUUCAGAAAGUGAUUCAAAUGCUGUUAUCUAUGCCUCAGAUUUCUAUAAAGCUUGUAUUGAUGAAGCAACUAUUAAUGCUCGCGGAGUCUCACCACUCAUAACAGCCCUUAAUUCAAUUGGCGGUUGGCCUCUAAGGGGACAGACAGGUCUCGAUAUCGGCAGUGAUUAUGACUGGAAGGACUCAUUUGCUAAAGUGAUCGUCAAUUUUGGUUUGAGUCCUAUUUAUUCAGUUUCCAUACAACCGGACGCUAACGACACUUUGGUUAACAGAUUUUAUUUUGAUUCAUCGCUGUUUGGUUUGGGUCGUAACCAAUUGGUGAAUACCAGUGGUUAUCCCGAUAUAGUGAACGCUUAUAAGCAAUAUAUACUCGAAUCGGCACUACUAUUAGGCGCUCAAAAUGACAGCCAAACUCAUCAGGAUAUCGAGGAUUUG